CUGAUGCCUCCUCUCCAUGUGAGAAUGUGCAGGAAUUUAAAACUUCUUCUUUGGAAGAAUUUCACCUUAAAGAAGCGGAAGCCCCUGGUCGCCGUGCUCGAGGCCCUCGCACCUCUGUUGUUCUCUGCGAUCGCCAUGUACCUUCGCCUCCACAGUGUGCCCAGGAAAUGGCCUCCUUUGAACCACCUCACCGUCAACAUCAGUUUGCUGCCAGCGUUCCUCUACUUCCCCACGCAGGCUAAAUACCAGCUCGCAUACAUCCCGUCCCAGAGCGACGCGCUGAGGGCUGUCACGGAGAUGGUGCAGGACGCCUUCGACGUUGAGUUUGAAGUUCUAGGCUAUUCUUCAGUGCCCGUCUUUGAGAAUUACAUAAUCCAGGAUCCCAAAGGCUUCUACGUGUGGGCUGGAAUUGUCUUGGAUCACAGCUUCAGGGACAGCAAGCAGCCCCUGCCAUUAAAGAUCAAGUACCGCCUGCGCCUGAGCAGCAUGCACAGGAGCCCCUUGGCCUUGAAGGUCGCCGCUGACCAUGAGCGCCUGGAGGGCUGGUGCACGGGCCUGCGCUACCCUCUGAACCCUAGCCAAGUGCCCCGGGCCUUCGGACAUUUCGAUGGGGGUCUCCCUGGAUACAGCAAGGAAGGCUUCCUGACCCUACAGCACACGCUGGACAAGGCCAUCAUGCGGCACCAUGCCCACAACGCCACCGCCCAGAUGUUCCAGGAUCUCACUGUGCUGGUGAAGCGGUUCCCGCACGGAGCCCACAUCCAGGACACGUUCUUGCUGGUCCUGCAGAGCGAGUUCCCUCUCCUGCUCACGCUCAGCUUCCUCUGCCUCGAGCUCAUCAUCAUCAAUUCCGUGGCCCGGGAGAAGGAGAAGAGGCUGAAGGAGUACAUGUGCAUGAUGGGGGCGAGCAGCCGGCAGCACUGGGCCGCCUGGUUCCUCACAUUCUUCAUCUCCGCCCUUAUCGCCGUUUCUCUCAUGACCAUCCUCUUCUGCACGCAGGUGAACGGUGUGAUGGUGUUCAGAAACAGCGACCCUAGUUUGAUAUUCGUUUUUCUACUGUGCUUUGCUACGGCCACCAUUUUCUUUGCAUUCAUGGUCAGCACAUUCUUUCAAAAAGCCCACGUCGCAGCUGCCGCCGGGGGCAUCAGCUUCUUCUUCAUGUACCUCCCGUACCUGUACUUCACGUUCAGCUACCCCCAGAGGACGCAUUUCCAAAAGCUGGUCUUCUGUCUGCUCUCCAACGUGGCCAUGGCGCUGGGGGUCCGAUUAAUCUCCACAUUUGAGAUAAAAGGCACGGGUAUGCAGUGGAAAACUAUCGGCAGCGUGAGCGGGGAGUUUAACUUCUGCCAGGUGUUGCUGCUGCUGCUGUUGGACGCCGUCCUGUACAGCGUGGUGGCCUGGUACGUGGAGGCCGUCCUCCUGGGCGAGUAUGGUGUCCCUAAGCCGUGGUACUUCUUUGUCAUGCCGUCGCACUGGCGCGGACAGUCUGUGCCCCUCACACGGUCCGUGCUAGACAUUGGGGACCUUAGCAGACCUGCGGAAAGCAAGUUCUUUCAGGAAGAGCCCACCAGUUUGAUGAAAGGGAUUGAAAUCCAGCAUCUCUACAAGGUGUAUGACACGGGAAGGGACAGCCACAGAGCGGUCAAAGAUCUGACCCUGAAUCUGUACCAGGGGCAGAUCACCGUCCUCCUGGGACACAGCGGAGCCGGCAAAACCACCCUGUGCUGCAUGCUGGCAGGUCUUAUUCCCCCUUCAGGUGGAUGGGCCUAUAUCAAGGGGUAUGAAAUUUCUCGCGAUAUGGCUGAGAUCCAGAGGAGCCUGGGCUGGUGCCCCCAGCACGAUAUCUUGUUCCCAGACCUCACCGUAGCCGAGCAUCUUUCUUUCUAUGCUCAGCUAAAGGGCUUGUCCCAUCGGAAGUGCCCCGAGGAAGUCCAGCGGAUGCUGCACGUGCUCGGCCUGGAGGACAAGCAGGACACCCUGAGCCGGUUCCUGAGCGGGGGCAUGAGACGCAAGCUCUCCAUAGGGAUCGCCCUCAUAGCGGGCUCCAAGGUGCUGAUGCUGGACGAGCCCACCUCGGGCAUGGACGCCCUCUCCAGGAGGGCCAUCUGGGACCUCCUGCAGCAGCACAAGAGCGACCGCACCGUGCUACUGACCACGAACUUCAUGGAUGAGGCUGACCUGCUGGGGGACCGCGUGGCCAUCAUGGCCAAGGGGGAGCUGCAGUGCUGUGGGUCCUCGAUGUUUCUCAAGCAGAAGUACGGCGGCGGAUAUUACAUGACUUUGGUGAAGAAACCUCACUGCAACACAGAGGAGAUCUGUUGUCUGAUUUAUCACCAUAUCCCAAAUGCGGUUUUGCAGUCCAGCAAGGGAGAAGAAUUAAACUUCAUUCUUCCUAAAAAGGACACACACAGGUUUGCAUCUCUCUUCACCCAGCUGGAAGCGAGGCAGGAGGAGCUGGGGGUCGCCAACUUCCAAGUGGCGGUCACCACCAUGGAGGAGGUCUUCAUGCGGGUUAACAAGCUGUCAGACAGCAACACAGAUGUCCAAGCCCUCAAGAUCUCCUCCACGCAGUUCCAACAAAGAGUGUCUGUCAGCAGGAUUAAACGCAUCCAGUCCCAGAUCUUCUCAAUGCAGCCGGGCCUGCCAGUCCAGCUGAACACGGGGGCCCGCCUCAUCUGCCAACAGUUCUAUGCCAUGUUCCUGAAAAGGUUCAUGUACUCUUGGCGCAACUGGAUGUUGAUGGUAACGACGCAGGUCCUGGCGCCACUGGCAAUCACCGUCUUCAGCCUGGCCUUCCUCAGCUUGGAUACGCGCAUGGAUGAGGUCCCACUGGAACUGACCCUAAAAACAUACGGUCGAACCACCGUCCCUUUCUAUAUUUCUCCCAAUUCCAGGCUGGGUCCUCGGCUUUCGGAAUAUUUUACAAACAUGCUUGAGGCUGAGGAGCAGCUCCCUCUGGAGACCCUGGGCUCCGUGGAGGACUUCCUCCUGCAAAAGGAAGAGGAGGAGCCCGAGGUCUUUGAUGACAAAUAUGUCGUGGCGGCUUCCUUUGAGGACUCGGGGAACCACACCACGGUGACGGCACUGUUCAACAACCAGGCAUACCACUCCCCCGCCGUGGCGCUGGCACUUGUGGACAACGUUCUCUUCAAGCUGCUCUCCGGGGCCAGAGCCUCUAUCACGGCCGUCAACCACCCUCAGCCCCGGACGGCCCUGGAAGCCUCAGAGGAUAUCUUGUACCAGGGCCCGAAGGCACACUUCCUCAUCACCAACUUGCUUUUUGGAAUAGCGUUCUUGUCCAGCUCCUUCUCCAUCUUGAUGGUGAAAGAGCGGUCCACGAAGGCCAAACACAUCCAGUUCACCAGUGGCGUUUACGUGGCCACUUUCUGGCUCUCUGCGCUGCUGUGGGACCUCAUCACCAACUUUGUCCCCAGUCUGCUCAUGCUGGUGGUGUUUCUGUACUACAAGGAAGAAGCUUUCACGCAUGAGGGCAACAUCCUGGCCGUUCUCUUGGCGCUCAUGAUCUACAGCUGGGCCAUCACCCCCUUCGUCUACCUGGCCAGCUUCCGCUUGCACUACGAAGGCAGCGCCUUCGUCAAGCUCUUCAUCACACUCACCUUCCUGAGCAUCUGCCCCAACAUUCUCGUCUGGGUCACAAGCCAAAAAGAGCUGGGCUACAUGACAUUGUCGGACUCCUUGGACCGCAAGUUCCUAUUGCUGCCAGGCCACUGCCUGGGAAUGGCUCUCUUCAACUUAUACUACAACUACGGAAUCCAGAAGCUAUGCAAAGCCAGGAACCUGGACCAGCAGGAGUGUAAUCAACUUUCAGAGGGAUACACGGUCCAGGAGAGCAUCUACGCCUGGGAGCCUCUUGGGAUGGGGAAGUACCUGGCGGCCAUGGCCAUCAUGGGCUUUGUGUACCUCGUCCUGCUCUUCCUCAUUGAAACCAACCUCUUGUGGGGGCUGAAAGCCAGGUUUCCUGACUUCAACAGGAAGCGACUACUGCCAGGAGCCUGGAAGGAGAAGGCGUCCAUGCCCGUAGACCAAGACGUGGAACAGGAGGCAAAGAUGGUGGAGACGUACUUGGAAAAGCUGCGUGCGGAAAACCCACUGGUUCUUAGAGAAGUGACGAAGGUCUACGUGCAGAAUGUGCCCCUGCUGGCUGUGAACAAGAUCUCCUUCGCCCUUGGAGCAGGGGAGUGCUUUGGUCUUCUAGGCAGCAACGGAGCUGGGAAAACGUCCAUCUUCAAAAUGCUGACCGGGGAAGAGCCCAUCACCUCUGGGGCCGCCUUUGUCAGGGGCCUCAGCAUCAGCUCUCACCUGAGGGAGGUACGGUCCCAGAUCGGCUACUGUCCGCAGUUUGACGCCCUGCUCAACCACAUGACCGGACGGGAAACGCUGGUCCUGUACGCCCGGAUUCGGGGCGUCCCCGAGCGCCACAUCGCCACCUGUGUGGAACAAAUUCUUGACGACUUACUCAUGCACGCACAUGCGGACAAACUGGUGAAGACCUACAGCGGCAGCAACAAGCGGAAGCUGAGCACGGCCAUUGCCCUGCUUGGAGAGCCUUCGGUCAUCUUCCUGGACGAGCCAUCCACCGGCAUGGAUCCCGUGGCCCGGCGUCUGCUCUGGGACACCGUGACCCAGGCCCGCGAGUCUGGCAAGGCCAUCGUUAUCACCUCCCCAAGCAUGGAAGAAUGCGAGGCCUUGUGCACCCGGCUGGCCAUCAUGGUGCAGGGUCAGUUCAAGUGCCUGGGCAGCCCCCAGCACCUCAAGAGCAAGUUCGGCAGCGGCUACUCCCUGCAGGCCAAGGUGCGGGGCGACGGGCAGCAGGAGGCGCUGGAGGAGUUCAAGGCGUUCGUGACCCUGACCUUCCCAGGCAGCGUCCUGGAAGACGAGCACCAAGGGAUGGCCCAUUACCACCUGCCCGGGGAUGACCUCAGCUGGGCCAAGGUGUUUGACAUUCUGGAGCAAGCCAAGACCAAAUUCAGGCUGGACGACUACUGUGUCAACCAAGUGUCUCUGGAGGACAUUUUCUUGAGCUUCACCUGCUCUGCGCAUCCAACCAAAAAGGAACACAAACAAGAGCAAGGAGAGCCAGCAGACCAUUCACCAACCUCUCCACCUCCCUCUCCACUGCCCUCCCAGCCUCCUGCUCUACUUCCCUCCCAGCCUCCUUCUCUACUGCUCUCCCAGUCUCCUUCUCUACUGUUCUCCCAGCCUCCCUCUCCACCUCCAACCCAGCCUCCCUCUCUAUUUUCCUCCCAGCCUCCCUCUGAACCUCCCUUCCAGCCUCUCUCUCCAUCUCCCUCCCAACCUCCCUCUCCAACUUGCUCUCCAUCUCCCUCCCAACCUCCCUCUCCAACUAGCUUUCCGUCUCCUUCACAACCUCCCUCUCCAACUAGUUCUCCAUCUCCCUCCCAGCCUCCCUCUCCAACAAGCUCUCCAUCUCCCUCCCAACCUCCCUCUCCAACAAGCUCUCCAUCUCCCUCCCAGCCUCCCUCUCCAACUAGCUUUCUGUCUCCUUCACAACCUCCCUCUCCAACUAGCUCUCCAUCUCCCUCCCAGCCUCCCUCUCCACUUCCAUGA